AUGGGUGCAGAAAGAUGGUGCUUUGGAGUGCGAAACUUGGGUGGUGGAGCAACGCAGCUGAUCAUGCCCCUUGUUUUUGACGUCAUCAAGAACAUUGGCGCUGCCAAGUUCACAGCUUGGAGGAUCGCCUUCUUCAUCCCUGCCCUGUUUCAGGCGCUUUCAGCAUUUCUUAUUCUGAUAUUUGGUGAGGACAUGCCAGACGGGAACUUCCAUGGCCUGCAGAAAUCUGGGGAGAAGCCAAAAGACAAAUUCUCAAGCGUCUUCUAUCAUGGGGUUACAAAUUACAGAGGGUGGAUUUUGGCUUUGACUUAUGGAUAUUGCUUUGGGGUUGAGCUGGCAGUGGACAACAUAAUAGCAGAGUACUUUUAUGACAGAUUCAAUCUGAAUCUCCAUACUGCAGGGAUCAUAGCAGCAACUUUUGGAUUGGCAAAUAUUGUUUCUAGGCCUGGAGGAGGGAUUCUGUCAGAUGUAGUGGCAAAGAGGUUUGGGAUGAGGGGCAGGUUGUGGACGUUGUGGAUUGUACAAACCUUUGGAGGUGUCCUCUGUGUUAUUCUUGGGCAGGUGAAUUCUUUGACUGCAUCCAUUGCUGUGAUGAUUUUGUUCUCCUUCUUUGUCCAAGGUGCUUGUGGGCUUACAUUUGGGGUGGUUCCUUUUGUCUCGAGAAGAUCAUUAGGGGUCAUAUCUGGUAUGACAGGAGGAGGUGGAAAUGUGGGUGCGGUUCUGACCCAACUGAUAUUCUUCAAAGGAUCAAAAUAUUCAAAAGAAACAGGCAUAACUCUAAUGGGGAUCAUGAUCAUCUGUUGUACCCUCCCAAUGACUUUGAUUUACUUCCCACAAUGGGGUGGCAUGUUCUCUGGUCCAUCUGAAAAGAAGCUCACAGAAGAAGACUACUACGUGUCUGAGUGGAGUUCGAAGGAGAAGGACAAAGGGUUUCAUCAGGCAAGUGUAAAGUUUGCUGAGAACAGCAGAAGUGAAAGAGGAAAACAUGACUCUGUAACCAGGCCCUCUGAUGAGACUUCACCACCGCAUGUGUGAAGCUUCAGACACAAAAAGCUCGGAAAUCUCUGCAUGUUUAUAGCUUUUAAAGUUGAUCAAGUACUGUUUUAGUUUAAGCAAAAUGAAAAGUUUCCUUUAGGUGUCAAUAUUUGUUAAAGCAAGAAAGUUUAUGUGGUUAA